CCCAUCUGUUGAGGUCGUUUAUCCAUCACCACCUCCGAGUCGGACAGACGCCAUCCGCGAUCCCACGACCCAAACACCUGCGGACCACAGGCAUCACGCGCGCAGCCUGCCUGCCUGCCCCUGCCUCGUCGGCGCGCUCGAGACACCCGCCGCGGCCUCUGUCGCCCGGAGAGCUGCCCGGCUCCAAGUACCUUUGGGCCUUCGCCUCCCAGUCCCCGACGGCUGGCCUCUCCAUGAGCUAGGCCCCGUGACCGAGGAGGCGCGCCACGAUGGGCCCCAAUGUUGGAAAUGGCAUGAUUGGGAUGGAGAUGGGCAUGGGCAUGCACCCCAACGGUGCCAACCAGCCCCAGGCCACCGAGUACACGCUCCAGGGUGUCAUGCGGUUUCUCCAGACCGAGUGGCACCGUCACGAGCGCGAUCGCAAUGCCUGGGAGAUUGAGAAGCAGGAAAUGAAGGGCCGCAUCGCCAAUCUCGAAGGGCAGGCUCGCCGCGCCGACUCUACCCAAAAGGCUCUCAAGAAAUACGUAUCCAUCCUCGAGCGCAAGGUCAAGGAGCAGGCCGCGCAGAUCAAGGGCACGCCCAUCAAGAACGAUGACGCGGCGAGCGAACGCGCCGCCAAGAUUCAGGAGAAGCUUAGAUGUACCGCGUCCCACGCUGUCACUCACGCAAUGUUACUGACCUUUCCGCAGCAUCCUCAGACAAACAUUCGGUGCCUGGAGCCGACGAGGACAUUCAGAUUCCCAGAUCCGACGACGACGCACAACGAAACGACCUCAAGACUUACCUCGAUCAAUGCCAGGCAGAGUUCAUGUAUCUCAUGGUUACUCCCGCGAACCCUCAGCCGCCUCGCGAGUCGCCGCCGCUGCCCAUGAUCGAAGACCUCCGAGAAGCCGAAGGGUAUGGCAUGCCUGGUCCGCAGCCGAUGGAGAGGCAAUUCCAACUCCAGCGACCGGCGCCAAGCCACGGUCAGGACAUGGGCGCAAUGAACGCGCGCGCGCAUCAGGUCCCCAACGCCGUAUCGCAGAUGCAACACCAGUCACAGGGCUAUGCCAAACCCGACAUGCAGCCUCAGCCGAUGAUGCGAGCCGCUAACGACCACCAGGUCGCCAUGUUCUCUGGCUCUAACGACUGGCAGGGCCCGGUCUCCGUGACAACACGCUCCUUAGAUGAGAACAUGCCAGGGCCGAAUCACGCCGCUGAAGCGCUCGGCGGCGUCGACGAUUCUGCCGAGCUGCGAGAGAAACCGCCCGCUGCCCCUGAGCCCGAUGGUUGGGAAUUCCCCGAGGGCGCGUUUCCCGAGCCGGGCACGGCCCACCAGCAGUCGUCUGCGCCUUCGGCAACGAAUCGACCUGACACGGACGCGUUCCCGAAUGCCGAGUACAUGCCCAAAUCGCCGAACCGGGUCCCUAGUGGGCAUCGAAGAAAAAGUUCAAUGUCUAGGAGACGGAGCGGCGAGCAUGAGCUGGCCCUGAACGCCAGCCAAAAGGCCGAUGGCAGCGCUUUCAAGCUGCGGUUUGGACUACGCGGCCAUCUCGAUACCGUGCGGACGGUCAUCUUCUCGGGCGGCGGCAGCCCUGGAGAGCCUGAGAUAUGUACGGCCGGUGACGACGGCAUGAUCAAGCGCUUCCAUAUCCCGCGUCUCGACAGCCACGCCGGCCCGCUCAAUGCCGCGUCCGACCUGGACGUUAUUGCCAAUUUCACGCAUCGCGGGCACACCGGCUCCGUCUUGUCGCUGACAUCGUGGUCGCCGUCCCCCAACUUCUCCACUGGUGGUCGCGCGCAAGGCGACGGAUGGAUCUUCUCGGGAGGCCAGGAUGCAACGAUCCGCGUCUGGGAGCGUGGGCGGGUGGACCCAAAGGCAACGCUGGAGGGCCACACCGACGCCGUGUGGGCGCUCUGCGUCCUGCCUACGACCUUGGGCAAUGUCUUUGGCAACUCCAGCCACUACGGUAGCGCGGACCGGAUACUGCUCGUUUCCGGCGGAGCGGACGGGACGGUGCGGCUCUGGUCCGUCAGUGCCCCUCCGCAGCUCAGCUCUCCGCAGCCUGGGUCGAAUCGAAGCAUGUCUGGGCGCGGCGGGCGCGUUCGCGGCAACUCGAUGAGCUCCGGCAGCGGCUUCUCCAAUUCUCCACAGCCGACGGUGUCGUCCAACUCGCCAUUCCACCACACGCUGGUGCAUGUUAUUUCAAGGUCGGACGGCUCUCAGGCCAGCCCCACGUGUAUCACGCCACUCGGCAGUUCUGGAGAGACGUUUGUGGUCGCAUACGCCGAUGCCGCUGUCGUUGUCUACGACACGAGAAGCGGUGAGCAGGUAGGCCAGAUGGACAGCAUGGAGACGUCGGACGGUUCGAUGAAGACGGGCGUCAACGCGGUCGUGGCGACUACGAUUGGACUGGACCAAGGAAGUCCACAUCAUCCCAACACCAUUGGCGGCGAGGACGAGGCCGGGGCCGGGGGACCGACGGGCGGACGAUCGAUGGCGGGUUCGGGCGUGGAGGGGACAAUCAUCUCUGGGCACGAAGACCGUUUUGUGCGGUUCUUCGACGCCAACAGCGGGCAAUGCACGUACAACAUGCUCGCCCACCCCGACGCCAUCUCGAGCCUGUCGCUGAGCCCUGACGGGCGAGAGCUAGUGAGCGCCGGACACGACGCGUCGCUGCGUUUUUGGAGCUUGGAGAAGCGAUCCUGCACGCAGGAGAUCACGAGCCACCGGGUGAUGCGGGGCGAAGGUGUAUGCUCGUGCGUCUGGAGCCAGGACGGCAAAUGGGUGGUGAGCGGCGGAGGCGACGGCGUGGUCAAGGUGUUUGCGCGGUAGCAGCCCAGGAGAGGGGACGCUGCGUGACGAUAUUAUGGGCCGUGCAAGAGCACCGUGUUAUAUUAUGUAUACGGACGGAUUAUCAUGCUACUACGUCGAUACCCGGCAAAGCAUCUGCUCGGCGCGCAAUGACUAGCUGCGAGCUUGGAGCCUCAUGGGAAAUGGUUAGCGAGCUGACGAUCUGCCGCUGUUGAGUCAAUUCUGGAGCUUGAACUUGAAUCGCGCCAACCACAAAAAUGACGAGUCUGUGCA